UAAUUCCGAGCUAUUACAAAUAUCACUUAAUAACGUACCACAAAUACUUAAAUGAAAAAAUGCAUAUGUUAUGUUCGAUAUGUAACGAUUUGUUGAAUCAAACUGAGAGUAUAUACGCGAUAAAAUGUGGGCAUAUGUUCCAUCAUAAUUGCUUAGCGCAAUGGAUAGCAAGGUCCAAAUCAUGCCCUCAAUGUCGUAACAAGGUAACAGAGAAAUGUAUGUUCCGCCUUUACCCCACAAUAUGUAAUGACAAUACGGGAGAUGAUGCAGCAACUCUUCAAUCCCGACUGGACAAUGUUCAGCUCCAGCUGCAUGAACAAAAGUCGGUGUGCAAAGAAAAGGAAGAAAAGCUCAAUAGUUUGAAAUCCGAAUUGGCUACUAAUAAAGAGAUGUUAUCGAAUUGUGAGCAAAGAUUGGUGCAGCAGGAAUCAGCUAUCACAGCAUUGAAGGAAUACAACAAUUGUCUUAAAGUUGAAAGUAAAAAAGUGAACGCAUUAAGGGAAGAGAACCAGAACCUUAAAAAGAAUAUAAGCACAAUGCAUCGUCUACAGAAAGUAUUGAAUGCAACCAGUAGUGAAGUGGAGACAAUGUUAGAAGGUUAUUCUGAUGUUAAAACUGUUGCAGUUUUUGCAACAGCACUAAAAAGGGCCUUAUGUGAAUCGGAAGCAAAGAAAAAUGAGUUACGCAAUCGUCUGGAUGAAGUUACUAAAAUGCUUGUAGAAGAAUCAAAUAAACUAGCUGAUGCGAGACAAAAUUUAAGGUUAGCAGAAGAUGAGAUCCAAGAAUACCGUCUUCGGGUAUUCCAAGAUCAGAAACGUGAUGCAGCACAAGCAUUUGGUGUUGAAACUGAAAAUAUUACUGAAAUUAAAGUGCAAAAGUUGGAUCAAGAUGCAAUCAAAGUGGAUAGUCCUAGUGUUACAACUCUUGUGGAUGCAAUCGAGAACUCGGACUCUCCAUAUCUAAGAUUGAAGCAAAGUACUCUUGCUCUUGCUGCAUUGCAACAGAGGAAUCCACCCGCUGUCACAAACAAGGCAUUAAAGCCAUCAGAAUUUGGAAUACUGAAGCCUGCAAAAAGUUCAAUAUUAAAAAAAACAUUUAGCACAAACACAAGUAUAUUCCACAAAAAGGAGCCCGCCAGACUGGACUUUGAGAAUAAUGAUCAAGUGAUUAACUUAGAUGUAACUUAUGAUGGCCUAGGCGGACAUUCUAAGCCUAGUUUCUUCCCUGUGACUAAAUCACCUAAGCCUAGAUUACCUAAGUUGACAGCUAAGCACAAACUCAGAAGACCUACUAAUACUACAGGCAGUCGGGACAUAAGUAAAAUGUUUGAGAAAUUAUCAGACGGAGAUUCGUAACAAAAAGUCUAUAUUGAUGUAGGCAAAGAAUUAAAUACUCGACCCACCUAAAACAUCACUGAUUUU